GCAAAUAUGACCUUGUUCCACUUGGUCCCUACGGUAUUUGUGAUGUUUGCUAUCCUGCAAGGUCUCAACGGGAUACCCAACUUUAAAGCUCAUAUUCUUAAACAUGUUAUAAGUAAAACAAGCCAAAAUGAUCAAAAAAACGCAGCGAUGGAAGUGAUUAGCCGAAUUCUUCCCCAACAAGCCAUGUACUUCAAAGUUAACAUCGAUAAUCGUAUGCAGCUUAAUUCAUUUAGGAUAGAAAAAUCUGAAGAAACCGACGGAAUCGUUUACAUUACCAGUUCCAGUGGUGUGGCGGCAACUAAAGGUUUCCACUAUUAUUUGAAGUAUUACUGUGGAUGUCAUGUUUCCUGGGAUGGCGAUCAGUUAGAUUUACCAGAGGUUUUACCGUCAGUAAACGAGACGGUUGAAGCUCCUAGCAGCAUAAUUUACUACCAAAACGUAUGUACAUGGUCCUACUCGUUUACCUGGUGGACUUUCUCUGAGUGGCGCCGUCACAUCGAUUGGAUGGCUCUGCAAGGAAUUACGCUUAGUCUAGCACCGUUCCAGGAAGAUCUGUGGUCGGAGCUGUACAGUGAAUACAAUAUCACUCAGCACGAUAUUGACAAUCACCUUGCUGGUCCGGGAUUUUUUGCCUGGCAAAGAAUGGGUAACAUUCGUGGAUGGGGUGGUCCCUUAACAGCAAAUUUUAAAACUUUCUCUUCCAUGCUGCAGCUGAGAAUCGUUCAGCAAAUGCGCCGCCUGGGUAUGAUAGUAGCCCUACCAGCGUUUGCAGGCCACUUACCAGUUCAGUUUAAACAGCUCUUUCCACAGUCGAAAAUAUCGUCCGUUCCCGCCUGGAACAAAUUCCCGACUCAGUAUGCUAGCCCGGCAUUUUUAGACCCAGUGGAUCCUCUUUUCCAAGAAAUCGGAACAAAAUUUCUGGAAAAGGCAAUUUCCCGCUAUGGAACAGAUCACAUAUAUUUCAGUGACCCGUUCAACGAAAAUCAGCCGCAUACCGCCAGCGCAAGAUAUUUGUCAGAAGCAGCGGCCGGAAUUUUCGGAGCAAUGACGAAAGCUGAUCCAGUUGCCGUUUGGUUACUGCAGGGAUGGAUGCUGGUGAAGAAUCCAUUUUGGAGUGAUCGUGCUAUUCGGGCCUUUCUGACGGCCGUCCCAACUGGUCGAAUGCUGGUGUUGGAUCUGCAGUCGGAACAAUUUCCACAAUAUACCAGGACACAGUCUUUCCAUGGACAACCAUUCAUAUGGUGCAUGCUAAGUAAUUUUGGAGGAACACUUGGAAUGCUCGGUUCCGUCGAUAUCGUAUUCCAAAGGAUUCAAGAGACAAGAAGUGAUGAGAAUUUCACGAUGCUAGGAACUGGAAUAACACCGGAAGGAAUUAAUCAGAACUAUGGUCUGUACGAGUUUGCACUGGAGAUGGGCUGGAUUCGGAAUCUGACCAAUGCAGACCAGUGGUUCAGAACGUACGCUACGGUUCGGUAUGGAAGUGACGUUGAAAGACUGCAGGAUGCAUGGAGUAUAUUCAAAGCAACGGUUUACAACUUCAAAGGUUUGGAGCUGAUGCGGGGCAAAUACACCUUCAAUCGACGACCGAGCCUGAAGCUAGCUCCAUGGGUAUGGUACAACGAGACUUUAUUUAACGAAGGCGUUAAGCUACUACUUUAUGCAAACUCAUCUAACGCUCUCUACAAAGCAGACGUCGUUGACGUUACACGCCAAGUUCUUCAAAAUACUGCUGAUCGGCUUUAUCUCAACAUCAAGGAAUCAUACCAUACUAAGAAUUUAACGUCGCUGCGAUUGUAUUCUAGUAUGUUCCGCGAGCUUCUACUGGACAUUGACCGCCUGCUCUCGACUGAUCGACACUUUCUACUGGGUAGUUGGCUCCAGUCGGCCAAAGCUCUGGGACAAACAAGCCUGGAAAGGCAAAAGUACGAGUUUAACGCUCGGAACCAGAUCACGCUCUGGGGUCCGCAGGGUCAAAUCAUUGACUACGCCAACAAGCAAUGGGCCGGUAUGGUGCUCGACUUUUUCCUGCCCCGCUGGAGUUUAUUUCUUCAGGAACUUGAGUCAGCUUUGGAAACCAAUGCAACCAUAAAUGAUACUAAAAUAAAAAAUAAAAUAUUUCGCCUGAUUGAGUUACCGUUUACAACCGAUAACAAAAUAUAUCCGGCUGAAGCACAAGGAAAUGCACUUGAAACAGCUCGAGAGUUGUUUUCCGUUUGGAACAAAAAAGCAGAAAAUUUAGAACAACUGCCCAAGCACGUAUUAAAUACGAAGAAACGGUCCAGAAAAAACGGAAGCUAAAACAUGUCAUAAACAAAGAAUAAACAAAAAUUUCAUCUUUCCUUAAUUUUCAAAUUCUGCUGAAAUGCUCAACAGAGAAACUUUAGGUAAUAUAAAUAGUUUGCUGUCAAACGCAUCUUUCAUAUCAUAUAGGUAAUAGUGAAAUAAUUUAUUAUCUUUAAUUGCCUACAAAAAGACCAUCAAUGGACUCCAGAGGAGACCAAACCUUCAGCAUCUUUGUUAAAAUCAAAUUUUGUUAAAGAAAAGUCUUAUUGCCGUCAUGCUGAGAAGCUACCUACUAGGUACAUUUGCCUAAGCCAAUCUAGCUGAAAUGCUGCGAAUUAGAACCCUUGUUUUAAUCGAGAUAUUGCGAAGCGGCCGUCAAUAAAACUUAUCGUAUCAUCUCAAAUCCUCUGCAUGUCAUGUUACAAAAACCAACCACUAAAAGCUAAGAACAUACAGGCAUUUUAAAAUCAUUUCAAACUUUAUUGAUUUAGCGCCAGCAAAAAUAGGAAAGCAUGCACGAUUAGUUGGAUGUUUAAUAGAUGGAGGGUAUCAGUUUUUGAGUGCGUUUGUAGCUUUGAUUGAUGAUUAAACUUCUAUAGUCUUCAUAAUUUACACACAAAUAGGCAGUUUCCUAAUGAUCGACACUGACAAGACAUAUUAAAUAAGUCAACUAUCACAGAUAUGUACAUAAGUGGUGAGUCACCAACACUUUUGCCAAGCAGCCUCGCUAUAUCUAUCUAGUUCGGGCUUUUCCAGUUUAACCACCGAACAUUUUUUCAAUUGCUUUUGAACGGUCCACAUUGUGUCCUCGUCGACUUUGGAGCAGUCGACUAUUUGCAGCUCUGUUAGAUUUGGGAAAACAGAGGGAAUAUCCAGUAUCGUUCUGUU